CAUCUCUGGCCAGCCACCACGGGGAGCAGGGAGCGUUUCCACCCGCUGCAGAAGAUGGACACCAACAGAAGCGCCAGCUGGGGUAGCCAGGGCCUGGGGAGCUGGGGUAGGACUGCAGGCAGGCUCUCCAUCGGCCCUGGCAUUACCCGGAGGAAGGAGCUGAAGGAAAUCCUCCUGCAGAGCAAUAGCCCUGGCAGCACCAAGCGCUUUGCCACCACUCAGAAGACAUCCAACAGCAGCAGUCUCCUUGCAGGGCCGCACCAGGAGCAGAAGCCUGAGCAGAGCCCUGAGGUGCUGUCCCUUGCCCUGGAUCCCCUGGAGCACGAGUGGCUGGUGGCGGGGGCCCCGGGUGGUGGAGAAAACACAAAAAAAAUCAGGCUGCUGGACCUGGAUCCCAGCCUGCUGACCAGGAAAGACUUUGUGACAGGCUUCACCGCUCUCCACUGGCUCGCCAAGCACGGCCACCAUGAGAGCUUCAUCCAGGGACACGAGCUGCUCAUCAAAGUGCUGGUGGGAGCUUACGGGGCAGACACCAGCCGCAGGGACCACAACGGGCGCAAGGCUUGGCAGUACCUGCAGGCAGACACCUCCAGGGAGCUGAAGGAGCUGGCAGGAGCCGUGGAGGAGGACUUCGUCCAGCUGCGCCGUCACAACACCAACAACAAUUGUAAGUCAUCCAGAGAGGCCAGGGCAGGGCGGGACUGUGUGGACUGUGGGGCCAGGGGGAAAGCCCAGCGCUCCUGGAGACUGUCGACCCUCCGGGACUUUGCCAGACAGGCAUUUGCUUUCUUCCAAGAGCGCUGA